CAGUCUGCUGUUGUGGCUCUGCAUCCUCCUCCUCCUCUUCCUCCUCCUUCAGUACACAGAGAUCAUGAACUAUGUGGUGGAAAACAUUUAUCUGCUCGUCACUGUCACUCUCAUCAGUGUCCUUCAGAAUGCAUUUUUCGCUCAGAAGGUAGAGAAGGCCGGCAAGGAGCACAACACCCAUACAUCUGCUUUUGAACGGGUGUCUUGUGCCAAUCGUAACUGCAUGGAUGCCUAUCCCACCUUCCUGGCUGUGAUGUGGUGUGCUGGGCUGUGCCUCAGGCAAGCUCCUGCUGCCUUUGCUGGGAUCAUCUACCUUGUGGUCAGACAGAAGUACUUUGUUGGCUACAUGGGACAAACCUCUCAAAGCACUCCAGGGUACCUGUUUGGAAAACGUGUCCUGUUCUUCCUGAUCCUGAUGUGCAUUGUGGGUAUCUUCAACUACCUGCUGGCACGCUACUUUGGCAGUGACUACAAAGAAUACGUAGAGACCGUCACCAACGCUGCAUCUGCUCUUCUGCUCAUCCCAUAGUCCUGCCAGUCAAUGUCAGCAACUUCU